GAGAGAGAGAGAGAGAGAGAGAGAGAGAGAGAGAGAGAGAAGGGGGGUUGAAGUGAACCGAGAUAUUAGUUGGGCGUUACAGAAAACUUGAGGUUGAAAUAGGGCGGUGUCAAAGGGCGGUUUCCAUCGAGUCAACUCUUUACUACUGCUAAUUGUUUUCCUCAAAUUAGUCCUUUGGUAAAUAAGGACAGAUUGGAUCAAAAUACUUUGUCUGGAAGCCCAACAAACCCAUCAUGUCCUCUCCCUAUUUUUACUUGUAGCCCUUUCAUUAGUUUACACACACACUGCCACCAAAUCUAUCAAAACCACUCUACAAAUAUAUAUAUAUAUAUGGAGAGCUUUCUAAAUUUGUGGUUAUACAUGAUGUUUCAGCUUCUAGGGUUUUGUGGGUAGCAGAAAUAUGCCUCUCUGGUAGCUCCUCCGGGCUGCCGGACGUUGAAAAGCAUUGGAAAGUUUGUGGAUCGGAAAGCCAUCGGUAGGGAAGAACAAGAUCUGCAAAGAUGUUUCAACCAAACAUGUUUGAUACCCAUCAUUUGCUAGAUAUAGCCCAUAAAACGCCGGAGAGUGAGUUGGAGAUGCUCCGAGAUGAUGAGUUUGAGAGCAAAUCCGGCACCGAUAUCAUGGAAGCCGGCUCGGGCGACGAACAAGAUCCUAACCAGCGCCCCAAAAAGAAGCGCUACCAUCGCCACACCCAGCACCAAAUCCAAGAAAUGGAAGCUUUCUUCAAGGAAUGCCCCCACCCGGAUGACAAGCAAAGGAAAGAGCUUGGCCGUCGGCUAGGGUUAGAGCCACUGCAAGUGAAAUUCUGGUUUCAGAACAAACGCACUCAAAUGAAGGCCCAACAUGAGCGCCAUGAGAACACACAGCUGAGGACAGAGAAUGAGAAGCUUCGUGCAGACAACAUAAGGUACAAAGAAGCCCUUAGCAAUGCUACUUGUCCCAACUGUGGAGGUCCAGCUGCUAUUGGGGAGAUGUCCUUCGACGAGCAGCAUUUGCGGAUUGAGAAUGCUCGUCUAAGAGAAGAGAUUGACAGGAUAUCUGGGAUUGCUGCAAAGUAUGUGGGGAAGCCCAUGCUUUCAUCAUAUACUCACGGGGCACCACAGCCGGCGCGUUCCCUUGACCUUGGGGUGGGGGCCUUCGGGGCGCAGUCUGGUCUGGUAGGAGACUUGUAUGGAGCUGGUGACCUCCUAAGGUCAGUUUCCGGCCCUACUGAGGCCGACAAGCCGAUGAUCAUCGAGCUAGCUGUUGCAGCCAUGGAGGAGCUCAUCAGAAUGGCCCAGGCUGGAGAGCCGUUGUGGACGGCAAGCCCUGACGACAAUGCUGAGAUCUUGAGUGAAGAUGAGUACUUGAGAACCUUCCCUAGAGGAAUAGGGCCCAAGCCUUUGGGGUUAAAAUCUGAAGCUUCCAGGGAAUCUGCAGUUGUUAUCAUGAACCACAUUAACCUUGUGGAAAUUCUAAUGGAUGUGAAUCAAUGGACAAAUGUUUUCUCGGGCAUUGUUACAAGAGCAAUGACCUUGGAGGUGCUAUCAACUGGAGUUGCCGGAAACUACAAUGGAGCCUUGCAAGUGAUGACAGCUGAGUUCCAAGUCCCUUCGCCGCUAGUCCCAACUCGCGAAAACUACUUUGUGAGGUACUGUAAGCAGCAUGCCGAUGGAACCUGGGCAGUGGUUGAUGUUUCCUUGGACAAUUUACGCCCCAGUGCGAUCUCAAGGUGCAGAAGACGACCUUCCGGGUGUUUAAUUCAAGAAUUGCCAAAUGGCUACUCAAAGGUUAUAUGGGUUGAACAUGUCGAAGUGGAUGAUCGAGCAGUUCACAAUAUAUACCGAGCCCUAGUGAAUUCCGGUCUAGCAUUCGGGGCAAAACGUUGGAUUGCAACGUUGGAUCGGCAGUGUGAACGUCUGGCGAGUGUAAUGGCUAACAACAUACCGGCAGGGGAUGUUGGAAUCAUAACAGCUCCAGAAGGGAGGAAGAGUAUGCUGAAGCUGGCUGAGAGAAUGGUGAUGAGCUUUUGCGCUGGUGUUGGUGCCUCUACAGCUCACACGUGGACAACGUUAUCAGGGAGCGGGGCUGAUGAUGUGAGGGUGAUGACCAGAAAGAGUAUGGAUGAUCCCGGCAGGCCUCCUGGCAUCGUCCUAAACGCUGCAACCUCAUUCUGGCUCCCAGUUCCUCCUAAAAGGGUGUUCGAUUUUCUUCGCGAUGAGAACUCUCGAAAUGAGUGGGAUAUCUUGUCAAAUGGUGGCAUGGUUCAAGAAAUGGCACAUAUUGCUAAUGGCCGUGAUCCUGGAAAUUCGGUCUCCCUACUGCGAGUUAAUAGUGCAAACUCAAGCCAAAGCAACAUGCUGAUACUACAAGAGAGUUGCACCGACUCAACAGGCUCUUAUGUUAUAUAUGCUCCAGUUGACGUGGUAGCAAUGAAUGUGGUGUUAAGUGGGGGAGACCCAGAUUAUGUUGCCCUACUGCCAUCAGGUUUUGCUAUACUCCCUGAUGGGCCUAUGCAUCAUGGAGGAGGAAUUCCAGAAGUUGGAACUGGUGGAUCGUUACUGACUGUGGCAUUUCAGAUCUUGGUUGAUUCAGUUCCAACGGCGAAGCUCUCUCUUGGAUCAGUGGCAACUGUUAAUAACCUUAUCAAGUGCACAGUUCAAAGGAUUAAAAUGGCUGUAGGUGGGGAGACUGCAUGACUGGAAGGGAAGGCCUUGCAAAGUGAAAGUCAAGGGUUGAUAAACCAAAAGAAGGCAGUGUUUACAUAGUCUUGAGAUGUAAAACAGAGCGAAGAAGUCAAGAGCGCACCUGACUGAUCCUUGCCUCGUGGUGUUUGUGAAGACAGACAAGCAGCAAGAAACAUUUCACCACCCUGCAAGGGUAAUGGGUUCGGGAAUUGACUUUUAUUAGUGAUGGAAAAAAAAAAAAAAAAAGUAAGCAAAGACCUCCUAGUAUAACUUAGAACUCCCAGUUCACCCUUGUUUCCUUUCAGGACUAGGCUUUACUAUUUAUGUAUGUGGUUUUGAAGAGUUUUUAGCCUUCUGGAUUGUUGUAGUUCAGCCUGUCAAACAUAAAAUGCUGGUUUCUUUUGAAAAACUGUAAUAGCUUUUGAAACUUCGGUUA